ACAACUUGGUCUAGUGGAAGGUGUCCCAGUCCUUGGCAGGGGGCUUGGAAUGAGAUGACUUUUAAGGUCCUUUAUAACUCCAUGACAUGGCUGCCCAGCCCAGCCCUGGCUGCAUGUUUGAGCCAUUCCCACAGCUUGCUUCCCCAAAGCCUGGAGUGUGUGAUUCCCUCCUGCUGGGGUGCCAGGAUGCUGGCCUCAAGGGCUGUCCCUUGCCCCAAGUGUCUGGCAGUCCCACAACCCCCGCCUGGGCUUUUGUCCCAGGUGGUGCCUCUGGGGACCCCACCAGGAAGUGACACUUUCCAUUUUGCAUUACGCCCAUCUGAGAAGUUGGGCUGGGAAGGGGUUGACGCUGCCCCUGUGGGCUGCAGAGCAGGAGACCAAGGAAGGGAUGGAAGAGGGUGUCAUGUAUGCUGACCUGCGCUUUCCUGCCACACCAGCUCCUCAGCAGAGAGUACGUCUGCCCUGGUGCUGGGCAGCCCUCAGUCUGGGUCUCCUCUCCCUGACGCUCCUGUUGGUACAAAUCAUCCUGGUCAGCCUGAGUUUCCACUAUUUAGUGCAACAACAGACGAGCAGUGCACACGGUCUCUGGAGUACAGAGGAGAGCCCCAUCUAUGGGAAACAGACACUGGAAGGGCAAUGCCAGUUUUGCCCACUUGGCUGGCUCUGGGAUGCGGGGCAGUGCUACUACUUCUCCUCUGCCAAAAAGAGCUGGGAGCAGAGCAGAGAGGAUUGCUGCUCCAGAGGGGCACAGCUGGUCACCAUCCAAGCCAACUCCACUCUGGCUUUCCUGGUGCGCACAGCUAACAUGGAUGUCUUUCAUGUGGGGCUGAAGAAGGAUGGCUUCAGGUCUGACUGGAAGUGGCUAGAUGGCACCACACCAGAAGGGAUCUUCCCAACCCCGCGCUACACCAGGUCUUUCCAGGCCUGUGGCAGGGUGUCAGGCUUGGGACUUUUAGGUGGCUCCUGCACAGAAGCCCUCAGAUGGAUCUGCAAGCAGAGUGCAGCCUCUCUGCAGUGGCUCCAGUCCUCGCCUCCUGCCUUCCUCUGGGGGAACACCACCUACAGCUGUGUGAGGCCGUGAUGGCUGUGGUGACCCCCAGCCUGUGCCACCACCCUUGUUCCCUGCCUGACCCCAGUCCAUCAGCAUUCUCAGGCUUUUCUGCCUCCUAGCCCAGACCUCUUUACCCUCCAAAACUCUGUACAUUGCCAAUAAAUUAUCCCAACAAUUGCA